CAUAUUUUAAGCCGAAGACCUGCCUCUAAAGUAAGAGAGAGUAGAGGGCCAAACACUUAAUUCCCACGCCCUAAUAUACACCCACAUCUGCCAUUACUUCUUAAUUGCAUUGGAACGAAAAAUCUGAAGUCUGAUCGAUUCAAAACAAUGGCUAUUGAAACCCAGGCAUCUCAAAUUUCCAAUAAAAUCUUCACGGACGUACUUUCUGAUGCAAGACAAAAUUGUUAUAAGGCGAGAGAUGCAUUUUAUUCGUGUAUAGAGAAAGAAUCAAACAAGAAACCCACUGAAACUGCCACCGUCGGUCUUCUCUAUCCAGCUGAAUGCAAAGAAUCUAGGGCUGAAUAUGUUCGAAAUUGCAGACUUACCUGGGUUAAGCAUUUUGAUCGCCAGUACUGUGAAAAGAAGAAGGUUCAAAGGCUUUUAGAUAACGAUGAUUCUAGACGAGGUCCAAUGUCACUCCCAAAGCCUAUUACUUCUAAGCCUUGAGUAAUCACCAAUCAGAUAAGGUUUUUGAAUUGCUUUUUUUUUUUAACCUGUAAUCAUGAAUAGUUGGAUUGCAAUUUUGAAUUUUACUUGUAAUGAUUACUUAUUUUGAAGUUUGCGGAACACACUUACUUAAUUCUAGUCUGUGGUGACUUUAGUUCUUGUUAAUUAAUGAUCUAAUCUAGCAACGGAUUCUGUAUA